AUGGAGGAUAGUUUCAGAGUGCGAGUGGAGAGAGCCUUUGGUUCGCUUCCAAUGCCCUCUUCUUCUCUCAACUCUCUAUGGUCUCUCACCCAAGACGAAAUCGAUGACGCGCCCUCCAAUCGCACCCCCCAACCCAAACCCGAACCUGAACCCGAACCCUACUACUCUUCUUCCAGUUCACGGGUUAAGCUGGAGGACCUCGACGAUCUCGACGACGAGGACGACGAAGAAGAAGCGCCACGUGGACCCUCUAAACCCCCCGAUUACGAUGAUGAACAGUGGCAGAUUAGGUCUGGUAUUGGCCAAGAUUGCACCCUCGAUUACGAGGAAGAGGAAGAUCAAUAUGACAAACAGGCUAUUGGCAAAGAGAAUUUGGGUGAUCGUGUGUACAUGAGGGAUAUAAAGGAUGAUGGAGUUGAGAUUAGUUCUAGCAGUGUUUUCCCCAAUUCGUUCAGAGAUUUCGUGCGAGAUCCACGUGCAAAUCAUUUGGCUGCGAGGAUUAGGCUGAAGCAGGAUGAUGAAGCAGCUAAGAAAAUUGAUGCUCUGCAUGUCUCUGAGAAAUCCGCACCAGACAUAGGUGGUGGCGGAGAUGCUACUAACCUCAAGUCAAUUUUGAAGAGUAAGGAUAAUACGUCAGAGCCCAGGCCCCAUAAACGUGUUCGGUUUGAUCCUGAAUGUGAUGAUAAAGAUAACGAAGAUGAUGAAGGACACGUAGACACCAGGGGUGUUCGCAUGAAGACAUCUACAAUGGAAGAGGUUCCAGCUUCUGAUCAAUUGUCUAAGUCACAAGAAUUUGAUUCAGCAGUUCCCGAUUACGUUCGGAACCCUUCAAGAUACACACGAUACACCUUUGAUGAUUCUCCAAGUGACAUGGAUGACAAAUCAAAUACGGAAGCAUACAUGAGCUUCCUAUCGCAGUUGAACAAGGGAACUGCAUCUCAUGCAGAUGAGGCUUUGGAUGAUCUUCCAUCUGUAACCUUUAUAUCAAAGAAGAAAUCCGGUGAUGCCAAUAUGCGUGACAGUGAGAUGGUUUCAAAGCAAAAGCUUGAUGCUGGCAUGGAGGCCAUGAAUAGAAGAGCCUUCCCUGUUGGCAUAGCUGCUGGUGACUCUGAAAACAGUGACGUUUGUGCAAUGGAGGAAGAUGAACCAGAAAUUGAGGAUGUUAAGAAGAGCUCUCAGAAGUUGAACCGCAAAUACAGGAAGAAAACCCAAGAGGAGUUGAAGGAGCCUAUUGUGUAA